GCUCCACUCGUCCGCCCACACCCCCCCGCCCUAUGCGUCAUGGUUCGGGCCGCGCAUAAAAGGCACCCAGGCCCAGGGCGCACUCGGUGCUGAGAACGCGGUUCGCGUGUCUGCUAGUCUGUGCGUGCCGCCCUUGCCCACGCAGCUUUCAGUCAUGGCCUCUGGCAAGGCGCACAUCGGGAAGCCCGCCCCGCCCUUCCAGGCCACCGCCGUGGUGGACGGCGCCUUCAAGGAGGUGAAGCUUUGCGACUACAAAGGGAAAUACCUGGUCCUCUUUUUCUACCCGCUGGACUUCACCUUUGUCUGCCCCACGGAGAUCAUCGCUUUCAGCGAGCGGGCGGAGGACUUCCGCAAGCUGGGCUGUGAGGUGCUGGGGGUUUCUGUCGACUCUCAGUUCACCCACCUGGCUUGGAUCAACACUCCGAGGAAGGAAGGAGGCUUGGGCCCCCUGAAUAUUCCCCUACUGGCUGAUGUAACCAGAAAUUUAUCUGAAGAUUAUGGUGUGCUGAAGAAAGAUGAGGGCAUUGCCUACAGGGGCCUCUUUAUCAUCGAUGGCAAGGGUGUCCUUCGCCAGAUCACUGUCAAUGAUUUGCCUGUGGGGCGCUCUGUGGAUGAAGUUCUGCGGCUGGUUCAGGCCUUCCAGUACACGGAUGAGCAUGGGGAAGUCUGUCCCGCUGGCUGGAAGCCAGGCAGUGAUACAAUCAAGCCUAACGUGGACGACAGCAAGGAAUACUUCUCCAAACACAACUAGACUGCAGACAGGUGGAAAGCUUGGGCCUCCACCUGCGCCUCUACCUGGAUACCCCAUUGCUGACCCAGGAAAGGCCAGACUCGCCCCUUCAAACACCAUAGUCCAUGACCCUGGAGGGCUUGGCCAGGGCCUUCUCAUUCUCCCCACUGGGAGCUGGUGAAUGGUGAGCCCCUCCUUGGACCCAUCUACCUGGGUACAGGCAUAGAGGGUGACCAAUAAAGUAUUAGGACAGA